CCGAUUUCAUACGAAACGUCGAACCCAUACAAUGAUAUGUGACACCACCACUGUCUCUGCGUUCUAGGUUAACUGGAGAUCUUAGCAAAGACCAAGAUCGGACACCCCAAGGACCGCGGAACGAGUGAUGCUGUGGGGAAAGAGGAAACAAAUACACCAAGGAGUGUAUUUUUGGAAGAUCAGUCGAAACAGAGAUUGAUCCUUGGAGAAUACGUCACCGUGCGUGCUCCUCCGGUACUGCAGAUCCAAGGAGGCGACAAGGAGUGUGGGAUAGUCUCCCUUGUGCCCGAUAGAUAGCUGUGGAGGCGUGUUGAGACUGGAUCAGCUGCGAGCUAAAGCAGAUCGUGGAAUCGCCAUAUCUGUCGCCGAAGCCCUAGCCGCCUCUAGUUCGUGUGGCAUACAGCAAACCUUUUUACAACCAAACAAAAGAUACUAGUAAUAUAUAAAAUGGAAGAAUAUAUUCUGGAUAGCUUACAAAUAACGCGGAGACGAAACAGUGAAGAAAAAAAAAAAAAAACACAAGUCAUAUUGUUUUUUGCCGACCGGAGAAAAAUAUCUUUCUUCCGCUUCUUCAUUUUCAACAAGAGUUAUCGUUGGAAUCGGUUAGCCAUGGCUAACGCGGCAUCAGGAAUGGCUGUGCAUGAUGAUUGCAAGCUCAAAUUUUUGGAACUGAAAGCCAAAAGAACAUUCCGUACCAUAGUCUACAAGAUUGAGGACAAGCAAGUGAUUGUGGAGAAACUCGGUGAGCCUGAACAGUCAUACGAUGACUUUGCAGCAAGUCUUCCAGAUAACGAAUGCCGUUAUGCCAUUUAUGACUUCGACUUUGUCACUGAGGAGAACUGCCAGAAGAGCAAGAUUUUCUUCAUCGCAUGGUCUCCUGACACUGCCAAAGUGAGAGACAAGAUGAUUUACGCGAGCUCUAAGGAUAGGUUCAAGAAAGAACUGGAUGGGAUUCAAGUGGAGCUUCAAGCAACCGAUCCAACCGAGAUGGGUCUUGAUGUUUUCAAGAGCCGCACCAACUAAAGCCUAACCCCCCCCCCCCCUUGUGAACCGGGGGGGCCUUGAAUAAAUUUGUUUCAGGAGUGAUUUUAUGUGUCUGUUAACUGUUUCCUCUGACGAUUAUGAAACUUUUAACAUCUUCAUUCUGUUUGGGUAUUGUUAUUGUCUUUGGUGUCUUGAUGAUGUGUUUCCAUCAUCUAUGAACUUGUGAGAUUGUGCUGCCUUGCCUUGUGGUGGUUGGCAAUCUUUUGUGUCAGUUUACUAUGUACAAUACUUUGAAAAAUCAGAUUGGAGUUUAUUGAUU